UUCCUCCCCUACACAGGCGCGAAAGAUCUGCAGCCGCGACUUUAUUUAACAGCAGUUGCAUUAGAACAUUUGUUGAGUUGGCAGGGCGACAAACUGGGUGAUGUAAAGUUGUCUGUUUCUGUGCUGACAUUGUGCCUCUUUGAGGCAGAGUGAAACUUCCAGUUUACUUCGGAAGUAAAUCAAAUGACCGAUUCUUACACAAAAGAGUAGUAGAAAUCUGGAGCCCGUUUCCUAAAAAGGCUGUGAAAACUUCAAACCGCAAACUGGGACUUUGGUUGGGGGACGGUAUCAGGGAGGAUGAGACAGAGAUAGAUAAUUGGAAGAUCGACGAAUCUCGACGCCUGUCACUCUGCUGAGUGGUUGAAUCGACUGCGAAGUGAGCGGCAGGAACCACGCAGACACAAGAGAUUCUGCAGAUGCUGCGAUCUGGAGCAAUACACAAAAAGUGCUGGAGGAACUCAGCAGGUCAGGCACGUUCACCACGUCCGUACAGUGUCCAGAGUUGGAAAAGUUGCUGCGUUUGGAGUGAAUCAUCAUGUGGAGCGGUUCGUGGCUGUCAGCGUGAAGUCUGCCCCGUCGUGCGCUUUUGUCUGAGAGCAGUGCGAGUUGAGAGAAGGAUCUGUCCCGUGGCGACCCACCGCUGGCGUAACCUCAACUCCUGCAACUAUUGAAGUCCAAGGAUGCCUCCAGCAACUGGAGGACCAAAAGGGUACACCCCACCGGAUGGUGGAUGGGGAUGGGCUGUGGUGCUAGGAUCCUUCAUCUCCAUUGGAUUCUCCUAUGCUUUUCCCAAAGCCAUCACUGUCUUCUUCAAGGAAAUCAAGGAUAUCUUCAAUUCCACUGACAGCCAGGUUUCUUGGAUCUCUUCUAUAAUGCUGGCAGUGAUGUAUGCUGGUGGUCCUAUCAGCAGUAUCCUGGUGAACAGGUAUGGUAGUCGGCCGGUGGUGCUACUGGGUGGACUGUUGGCAAGCUCAGGCAUGAUCAUCGCUUCAUUUUGCCAUAAUAUCGUGGAGCUUUACUUCUGCAUAGGAGUGAUUGGAGGUCUCGGGCUUGCUUUCAACUUGCAGCCAGCACUGACCAUUAUUGGGAAAUACUUCUACAAGAAACGUCCUCUGGCUAAUGGAAUAGCCAUGGCUGGCAGCCCAGUGGUCCUCAGCACAUUGGCACCUCUCAACCAAUACCUUUUUGACAAUUACUCGUGGAAAGGGGGCUUCCUGAUCCUGGGCGGAAUCCUGCUGAACUGCUGUGUGGCCGGGUCACUCAUGCGUCCCAUAGGCCCUCCGACAACCAACUCCCCCAAAGUGUCAGAGAACAUCAAGAAAGAGGAGGGAGUGAACUCAGAGCUUCUGAAGAAGGAGCCAGAACCAAAGCUCAGUGCCUUCCAAACCAUUAACAAAUACUUGGACCUGUCACUGUUCAAGCACAGGGGCUUCCUGAUCUAUCUGUCGGGCAAUGUCAUCAUGUUCUUUGGUCUGUUCGCCCCCCUGGUAUUCUUAUCUUCCUAUGCCAAAAAUAUGCACAUUGAUGAGUAUAAAGCAGCCUUCCUGCUCUCCAUCCUGGCCUUUGUGGACAUGUUUGCCCGACCAUCCAUGGGAUUUGUAGCCAAUACCAAGUGGGUGCGACCUAAGAUCCAGUACUUCUUCUCUUUCUCUGUGCUGUACAAUGGUAUCUGCCACAUCAUGAUGCCCUUGGCGACUGACUACACCGGCCUGGUGAUAUACACCAUCUUCUUCGGCUUUGCCUUUGGCAUGCUGAGCUCUGUCCUGUUCGAGACCUUGAUGGACCUGGUGGGAGCACAGAGGUUCUCCAGUGCAGUGGGGCUGGUGACCAUUGUAGAGUGCUGCCCUGUGUUAUUGGGACCUCCACUUCUAGGAAUGCUCAAGGACACAUAUGAUGCCUUUCACUACGUGUACAUAGCCUGUGGAAUAGUUUUGAUCGUGGCAAGCAUCUAUCUGUUCAUUGGCAAUGCAGUGAAUUACUACCUGCUGGAGAAGGAGAGGCGAGAGGAAGAGCAGAAGUCAAAGCACGAAGCGACAAUUGAUCUGAAUGAGACCAAACCGGACAAUUUAAAUACAAGCCCAAGUUUCUCAGAUGGAGGUGGCGAUCAGGACACGGUUAUUUGAGGGUGGGAAGGAUGCUGUUUGUUUUUCUACGGUCUGAUUACCUUGGAUUCCUGCCAGUUUUCAUUCUUCACUCUUUCACACCCAUGUUUCUGGAGAAAUGCAGUGAGUGAUUGCUGGCAAGUCAAAGUUGGGGAAUAUUUAUUGUUGGGGCAUGAUCACCGGUAAUCUCUUUCCCCACCCUUCUUCACUUCCCCUCUUUCUAGUCAACGGCUCCAUUUAUCCUAGGAUCCCAAGCCUCCUGGAGUCUCCAGGAAUUAAAGAUUGAUCUCCUGGACUCAAUCCAGAACAAUCCUGGGAGUCAAAGAAAAAAAUUACUGCGGAAUUAAAAUAAUUGUGCAUUUUAGGCGGUCAUAAACAUGUAAAAAUGACCACGUACUGGGGUGGUCAAGAGGUUGUGUAUUGAAACCUGUCCUAUUACAGUUGGCAUCCUCUUUGGAUGAGGGGGGAGGAAGUGGAGGGAGGGUUGUGAUUGUGACAAAGGUGCUAGUAUCAACAUAAGGGUGGGUAUAUAUCACUGUGGGAGGGUUGAAGAUCCACUAGUUUAGAUAGCUUGUCCUCAAUAUCCUGAGCAUUACCAUGCAAUUGAUCCCAUAGGCUUCGGGAUCUUUAGGAGAGACAAUAAACAGGUCAAUUUGUUGAUGGGGUGGGGGGAGGGGGAGCAUAGAUAUCUGGGAAAUAGCACUGUUUUUCAUUCCUCCCACCCCAGCUCUACCUAGCCUAUCUAGAAGCUAGCCUAAAUUGUAUACCGUUACCUAGCACUUGUACCUUUGUUUUACCAUUCACCCCUUGCCCUUAGAGUUGUGGAUAUCUGGAAAUGGGAGGCAAAUCCCACUAAAAGUCAGAAAAAGCAGGUGAUUACAUUUUGAUUUUGGUGGCUCACUGAAUUCUGAUUAUUUAUUGCGUGAGCAGGCAGCCUUUUCCAGAAGUUCACUAUUUCGUGGGAACAGAGCCACCUCCUAAGUAUCUAACAUGGGCUCUUCAUGAAGACUUUAACCUGACCCUCCCUGACAUUGGCAAUGCUGAGAUUGUCCUCACACUGUCACCAUCAGGAUAUAUCCUUCCCUGCCCUAGGUCAGGAUGGGUUACUUAUAAAACUAACCAUUCUACCAGGGACCCCUAUGUUAGUCAUUAAUAGAAGCUCAUGCCAAUUGCAUGCCUCCCUCUUGUUGCUGGAUCCUGCCAGCUCGUCCUAUUGGUUGAGAAUGAGGAAAAUUCUGCAAAUUGCAUCUGAAAACAAGAAUUGUUGCUUAGCUGUGUAUAAUAUUAAACCAGUGACACUUGGACAGAGAAUUCAGCCAGAGUACAAGGUUGGAAAGAGGUUUCAACCAGUCCUGGGCCUUGAAUCCGUUAAGAAUUCUGGAGCUAGGUAGAGAGGGAAGAAUCAGAGUCCUAGGGCAUGGACUGGAAUUGGAGUUGGUAUGGGGGAAGAUAGGGGAGGCCAGUGUAAGGAAGGUGGUACAAAGUCUUGGGUAGCCACCUUUUCUUGUUAAGUAAUGACCAUGAACUUUAAAAUGUGAACCAUUUACUUAAUUGGAUCGUGGAAUCACAAAAUGAGUGAGUUAGGAUUGUGUGGAUAAUUUUUCGGACGUUUGCUCGCAGAUUGCCUGUGGGAUUUCAUUCCUUGCUCUGGCUGGAUGUGCACUUGAAGCCCCAGGAUUAUUAGGUCACUACCAGAAACAUUCAGUUACAUGAAAUUUAUAAAGGAUCUAUGGAACAGAUUUGGCCCAACCAAUCUAUGUUAGUGUUUAUAUUUCACACAAGGUUCCUCCCCGCCUGCCCCAGCCUCAAACUUCUCAGCAUAUCCUUCAAUUCAUUCCUUCCUCAUGUGCUUAGCUGGGUUUUCCAUAAAUGUGCCCAUGCUUUUGGUAUCAGCUUUAUCCUGUAACGCUAAGUUCUGCAUUCUGUCUACUCUCUAGAUAAAGAAAUUUCUUCUGAGUUCUCUUUUUCAGAAUCAGGUUUAUUAUCACUAACAUAUGUUGUGAAAUCUGUUGUUUAGCGGCAGCAGUACAGUGCAAGACGUUAAGACAUAAAAAUUACUAUAAGUUACAAAAAUAAAUAAAUAGUGCAAAAAAGGAAUAACGAGGUAGUAUUCAUGGGUUCAUGGACUGUUCAGAAAUCUGAUGGUGCAGGGGAAGAAGCUGUUCCUGAAGUGUUGAGUGUGGGUCUUCAGGCUCCUGUAAUUCCACCCCAAUGGUAGCAACGUGAACAGGGCAUGUCCCAGGUGGCGAGGGUCCUUAAUGAUGGACGCUGCCUUCUUGAUGGCAGGGAGGGUUGUGCCUGUGACGAAGCUGUUUUGGACUCGUUAGAGACUAUCUUUAUUUAUAGCCUUGAUUUUGAUCUCCCCCAUGGUAAAAACAUCUCCAUAUCUAAUCCAGUGUGGACUUGUUGGACUGAAUGGCCUCCUCCGUGCCUUAAUGAUUAUUUUGUGAUUUGAACCCCUGUCAGAAUUUUAAAGACUAAGAGUUUGUCAACUGUUUUCUAAGAAAACAGUCCAAAGGCUGUCAAGUUUUUCUUGAUGGGAAUAACCAUCCAUUUAGUGUUACUUUUGUAAAUAGUGGCACUUCUCCAGUGCCUUUUUGAAUCAGAAUCAGGUUUAUUAUCACUGACAUAUGUUGUGAAAUUUGUUGAUUUGAAAUUUGUAAUAUGGAAAUCAAAAUACUUCCAUUUGCCAUCUAUCCAAGGCUCCGUUCAUUUAAUAUUAUAGCAUCAUAGAGUUGUACAGCAGAGAAUAGGCCCUUCAGCACACCACAUCUAUGCUGACCUUUUAACCCAUCUGCAGUAAUCUCAUGUGCCGCAUUAGGUCUGUAUCCUAUGCCUUGCCUGUUUAAGUGCCUGUCUAAAUGUUGCUUAAAUGGAGUGAGUGUUCCUGACUCCACCACCUCCUCUGAUAGUGAAUUCCAGAUAUCAACCACUCUCUGUGUAAAACACUUUCCCCUCAAACCCACUUUAAAAUUCCUUCCUCUCACCUUAAACCUGGGAAAAAGAUUCUGAAUAUCUACCUUGGCUGUGCCUCUUAUAAUCUUAUAUACCUCUAUCAGGUUAUCCCUCAGCCUCUUUCCCUCCAAGAAAAACAAACUCAGCUUACCCAAUCCCUCCAUAAAACUAAAGUCUUCCAAUCUAAGCAACAUCCUGGUGAAUCUCCGCCCUUUGCAAUUUUGUUCCUCCGGGAGUGAAUUCCACCAUUGAUGGCAAGCUCAUCAUUUAUUGCCCAUCCCUAACUAGGCUGAUAGUGGUGAGCUACCUCCUUAAACCUCUGCAGUUCCUCUGGCGAAGGUGCUCCCACAGCGGUGUUAGGCAGCAAGUUCCAGGAUUUCAGGUGAUGAUGAAGCAACAACUGUUGUGCAUUAUAAGUGUUGUUUGUGACUUGGAGUGGAAUUUGUAUCUGCCCUUGUCUUCUUGGUAGUAAAAGUUGCAUAUUUUUAAAGUGCUGUCACAGAAACAUUUUUAUGAAAAUCAAAAAAAAAUACCUUUGCUGAAAAUCUAAAAUAAAAACAGAAACUGUUGGAAAUACUUAGCAGGUCAGGCUGUAUCUGUGGAAAGAGAAACAGAGUUAAUGUUUCAGGAUGGAUACCCUUCAUCAGAACUGGGAAGGAAACAAAAGAAGCUCAUUAAGCUGCAGGGAAGGUGGAGGAGGACGAUGUCUCUGAUAGGGGCAAAACCAGGGUGACCAGGGGUAUAAGCUACAAACAAAGUUAUUUGGUUAGUGAAUGAAUGGCAGCAGUUAGAGAGUGAGAACGCAGGCAAAAAAAAUGUAUGAGUUGUGAAAUGCAGAGCAGGAAGCCAUGGCUGGCGGGUUAGGCUGGGCAUGUCUUCCACCCCCAGAGGGAAAAAAGGGAGGAAAAUACAAACAGGCUAAAACCAAUAUCACAGACGGGUGGCUUUCUUACAAAGAACUUGCAGUUUAUAUUUGGAACAUGCUGUAGAUACAAGUGGGUUUAGUGGUGGAGGCUGUGAAUGUUUAAGGUGUAGAUCAAGUAGGCUGCUGCUUGCUGGAUAGUACUGAGUUCUUGUGUUAACAGUGCACUCUCCAGACAAGUCCUCUUGACUUGUGCCUUGUAGAUAAUAGGAAUGCUUUGUCUAAGGGAUUUCACUCCCACAGCCCAAUCCCGGCAAGGAUUUGUGCUUUUUGAGACGUUAUUACCUUAUUAUCUUUGAGACGUUCUUUUUACCUUGCUGUUCACUGGAAUAUUUGCAGUAUUUGUCCUUGUGCCCAGUGACACCAGCAACCUCACCCCCACCCACACUCCAUCCCAUUAUUUAUGUCACAUUCCAUGCUUCUGUUAUUUGCAUCCCAUAUCUCCUGUUUUUAAGUGAUCUCUGCUAUAUUACACAUUUCCUUCUGUGUACCCUAGUUUUUACGACACUCUUCCAUUUCCUUGUGCGAUGUUUGGUCCAGUGCGUUGAGUGGUCAAUGUAUCUGCGUGCCCUGUUUGCUCCAGUGAUGUGGUGCUCUGAAUGGUUCGACCCUACAGAUGGAUUAUUGGGUUGAGUGGUCUGAUGCUUUAGUGAGGAAUGUAAAUUCUCUACCUCAUUUUCUCAAAAUCAAAGCCGGAAACCACUGCUUCAGAGGCGCAGUUUCAAUAUUCAGUACCAGCUGUUUUUACAGGUUCAUUGAACUGUUUGUCCAAUAUUUCAAUUUGUAAAACUCAGAAUGCAGAUUAUAUUUUUGUCUUCACCUUCCAUGUAAUGCCAGUUGAAUGUGAAAUAAACAAUGUGAUGUUGAA